AUGGCCAUCCUCGCAAAGGUUUCUUCAAUGGCUUGCUUCCUCAUCGCCUGCCUCUUCUUCUCCUCCGUUAUCCAGGCCCUCCCCGUCCCUGGCUCCGACACUCCAUCCGGAGUCUCCUCCAUUGCACUGGCAGCACGCUCACCGCGCGAAAUCCCCAACAGCGACGAAGAAAAAGGUCUACUGAAUGGCCUGCUCGAAGCCAUCGGCCUCCCCAACCUUUCCAAACUCACCCACUGGAAAGACAUCGCCGAGCCACAAAGCUCCCAUCCCGAAGACACAGAUGACACCGAUGAUUCAGAUGUCGACUCCAGCGACGCAAACGCCCCGACCAAGUCCGACUCAGACACCGAUGAUUCAGACUCCGACUCGGACCCCCACGCGCACGCCCACUCCUUCAUCCCGGAUCACUACAAGAACUUCAAGGACAACUGGACCCCGGCCAUCGACGACGGCAACAGCCUCACCCCGACAGUGGACUCCAAUGGGGACGAUAUUGAGAGCGACGAAGACUUUGACAACGUCAACAACGGCUUGCUCUCCCCGCCGACUUCCACACCCUCCAACAAGAAUGAUGACCUCCCCAAGCCCACCGAAGACCCCAAGGGGUUCAUCAGCUCGCUCACGCAACGGCUCGAGGAUGCUUUGAAGGCUGCGUUUGACAGUCGAGAUGAGUUGACUCUAUAAACGGGUCAGCAUCAGAUCGCUUUGGUUUCUGACAAUUUGGACGGAGUUUAAGAAUAGCUUGUUUAUUUUCUUGCUUGAUUUGACUUUUUUGUCUCCCUCUUCUGGUUCCACCGAUGUUUUGGGAUAUUUUGAUAUAUUAGGGCUGUGGAGUUUUGGGUAUCCGGGCAGGCGCUUCAGUUUUUUUUUUUUUUUUGGAACGGUUACGGG